UUCAAUGUAAAAGAAUUUAGGCGGCAGUGGCUCUGCGCGCGAGAGAAGAUUCCACUCCUUUCACUUUCGUCCUUGCGAUAGCCGAUAGUGUCUCUUAGAGGAACCAAAAAUGGAGGUCGGGAGGUUACCCAUCUCCGCCACGCUUCGAGGUAAACUGAUUUCAUCCGGCUACACUACUCUCUCCUCUCUCGCUUCCGUUUCUCCUUCCAAUCUUGCUCGAGAAUUGGAAAUCUCAAACAAUGAAGCUUUUGAAGUUCUCAAGCUUGCAUCACAUGGUCGUGGGCUGGACAGGUCAGAAGGGAGUGGUGCUAUUGUUAAUGGUGCGGAGACUGCUUGGGAUAUGCUUCACAAGGAACAGUUCAUUCCACGUAUUACCACAUCUUGUGCAGAUUUAGAUAACCUUCUUGGUGGAGGAAUUAAUGUCAGUGAAGUUACGGAAAUUGGUGGAGUACCGGGCAUAGAAAUAAAACGUCACAAUCUUUUUGUACGGGGUAACAGGAUUCAACUUGCUGUAAAUGUCCAAAUUCCAGGUGCAUUUGGUGGGGUAGGUGGAAAAGCAGUUUAUAUAGAUACAGAAGGGAGCUUUAUGGUGGAGCGUGCUUUGCAGAUUGCUGAAGCAUGUAUAGAGGAUAUGUCAGAUUACAGUGUCUUACUAAAGAAGAAUGCAAUACCUCAUCAAAUUCAAAUCGAACCGAAAAAUAUCUUGGAAAACAUAUUUUAUUUUCGUGUCUGCAGCUACACCGAGCAAAUUGCCCUAAUAAAUUAUCUGGACAAGUUCAUUACUGAGCAUAAAGAUGUUAAGGUUGUCAUAGUUGAUAGUGUGACAUUCCAUUUUCGCCAAAAUUUUGAUGACUUGGCCCUUCGGACACGGUUGCUCAGUGAAAUGGCUCUUAAGUUGAUGAAGCUGGCUAAGAAGUUCAGUUUGGCUGUAAGAAUCAACCAUCUCGUUGUUGUUCUAUUUAAUCAGGUGACGACUAAGUUCGCCGAAGGCUCGUUCCAAUUAACUCUUGCCUUAGGUGAUAGCUGGUCACACUCUUGCACAAAUCGGAUCAUUUUAUAUUGGAAUGGCGAUGAGAGGUAUGCAUAUCUUGAAAAGUCGCCCUCUCUUCAAUCUGCCUCCGCACCUUAUUCUGUGACUUGUAGAGGCAUUAGAAAUUCUACAUCAAGUAAUAAGAGAACCAAAAUGAUGUAAGAUUGUAAGAUUCCAAACUCCUUUAAAUUCUCACAUGAAUUCUUAUGUUCUUAUUUAUAAAGUAUAUGCAUAGUUUAUACGGGAAGUUGAAAA